CCUUCAUCCAUACAGUAAGAAAAUGGAGCUGGCGAGUGGACACACACUAGUAGCUCUGGAAGGGGAGGAACUGAAGCGUCAGAAAGAGGACUGGAAAGGCUACACUCAAGGCCUAGUUCGUCUCAACCCCGGCAGGUGGCUCUUCCCGACCGACUACCAACUCUUCGCUAACAAGUUAUAUAAUUUCAAGUUCGACCCGACCGAUGUGUUGGUGCAAACGUGGAUGAAGUGUGGGACGACGUGGAUGCAGGAGAUACUAUGGACGAUGAGGCAAAACCCGAACCUGGAUCACGUCGAUCAGGGGAAACCUAUCAACAUCCGUGUACCCUUCCUGGACUGCGAUAUGUUCCUAGGAUCGACUGCCUUGCCGCCCCUUGAUUCGGAGUCCUCUUUAAUGAAGGAGUUUGCCAGGAUGUCCCCAGGCAAGGACCUCGCCCAGGGACUAUUCCUUCAACUGGCGGAGUCGCAGCAUCCUCCGCGUACCAUUAAAACUCACUUACCUCUCUCUCUCCUGUCACCAGAUCUUUUGAACACCGCCAAGGUGGUGUACGUGGCACGGCACCCAAAGGACGUGGUCGUAUCCUUCUAUUACCACGGACGACUCUUCAAAACUAUGGACUACGUGGGAAGCUUUGAUAAUUUAGUCCAAUACUUCUUAGACGAUGACCUGGUGUACGGGCCCUACUGGCGUCAUGUAAGGAGGCCUGGGAAAGCGUCAAAACCCCAACCUUCACUUUGUCUUCCGAGGACCUCAAGGCUGAUAUCAUGUUCGAACGAGGAAACUGAACGUCCUGGGCACAAACCUGACCCAGCAACAACGAGAACGUGA